AUGAUGGAGCAAGCAAAGCUUAUCCUGCAGAAAUGUGCUGGACUGCCCCUUGCAAUAUCGACUAUCGGUGGAUUCCUUGCCACUAAGCCAAAAACUGCUAAUGAAUGGAGGAAGAUGAGUGAUGGCAUUAGCAUUGAAUUGGAGAUGAAUCCUGAACUUAGGACAAUAAGGACAGUUCUUAUGAGGAGCUACUAUGGUUUGCCAUACCAUCUCAAGUCUGCUUUCUUAUACCUAUCCAUAUUUCAAGAAGAUCAGAGAAUUAGGUGGGGUCGCUUGAUGAGGCGGUGGAUUGCAGAGGGUUACUCAAGGGAUAUGCAGGGCAUAACUGCAGCUGGACUCUGUCGGAGGUACUUUGAUGAGCUCUUGGAUAGGAGUAUGAUCCUGCCAGGGGAAGGGACAGACCAAUACAGUCAGAAAAUCAGUUCUUGCCAACUUCAUGAUAUGAUCCGUGAAAUAUGCAUCUCAAAGGCUAGCGAGGAAAAUCUUUUUUUGACGCUGGAGGAAGGAUGUUGUUUGAGUGACACGCAGGGUGCAAUACGUCAUCUUGUCAUUGGCAGCAACUGGAAAAGGGAUAAAGAUGUGUUGGAGAGCAAGCUAGACUUGUCACACGUACGGUCAUUGACCGUGUUUGGAGAGUGGAGAUCGUUUUUCAUUUCCGACAAUAUGAGGUUUGUGCGAGUGCUCGACUUAGAAGACACACUGGGGUUUAGAAAUCAUCAUCUUGAUCAAAUCGGGCAGCUCCGUCACCUCAAGUACCUUUCUCUUCGAGGAUGUUGGAGCAUUUUAUGUCUGCCUAAUUCUUUCCGGAAUUUGAGGCACCUCGAAACACUGGAUGUUAGAGGUACACGCAUAUCUGAGUUGCCAACAAUAAUCACUGAGCUUCGGAAGCUACAACACCUUCAUGCAGAUGAUUAUGGGGAUCGUAUUGGUGUUAGGGGAGAGGAUGACAUAGUUCUCCUAAAGGGAUUGGUAAAUUGA